AAAUUUUUAGUUUAAAUAUAAAUUUUAAUUGACUGAAAAAACUAAACAAACAAUGAAAUUGGUAUCAAAUUUGGGAAAUUUGUUGAUUCAAAGAAAGUUAUCAUUAAAUCAAUUAUUAAGUAUUGCCUGUAAGUCAUGUGGAGUCGACUAUAUUCAGGGACAGGAGUUCAACAAAACGAGACAAUACUUCUAUUAUAUUGAUCACAACGGAAUGCUGUUUUUAGACGACUCUCGUAUGAAAAACUUCACGUCUUGUUUCAAAGACAAACAAUUUUUGCAAUUUUUCUUUAAGAGGAUAGCCAUCAAUAAGACGGGACAGUAUGAACAUGACUUUCCUUAUGUCUCGUUGUGCGGCAGAGAAACCAAUUAUAUUCGUUGCGAUGAUUUGCCAAUAGUUUUUACGCAUAUAAUUACAAAGGAUGACAUCGAUGUUUUAUCUUAUGGUUAUACCGAUGACCUCUUAACGGUUCCCUUUGAACCACAAACUCUUUACAUGAAAAUCGAUUUUGGUAUUGAUGUGAAUGAAACUGAAGGUCGCAUAUAUCACAAAUCAAUGGAUAAAUUAGGAGGAAUUGGUCUGAUUAGGUCAGCUCUUGCUCUUGGAAUUAGCAAACAUUUCCAAUUCAAUGAUAAUAGCAAAUCUCCGACACAUUUCGUAUGGAAGGAAAAGACAUAUGAGUUAACCAAUGAAUUAAAAUCUAAAUUUAAAUAA